CUCUUCCUAUCCUCAACCUCUAAAAUUAUGUAGGUUUAACGUGGUUUAAAAAUUCAUUUUUUCAAAAAAAAAUUAGUAAAAAAUAAUUUAUAAUUUUUUUUUAACAAAUUUUUUUGAGAAAAAAUAUUUUUAAUUUUUUUUAUAUUUAAAAAAAAUCAAAAAACUUUUAAAUUUAUUUUUCCAAAAUUUACAAAAUAUUGGACCUAUAAAGCAUGUUUGUAAAUUUAAAUUUAACCCAAAAACAUAUUCUUUAAUCCAAUCGGAUAAGGUAAACAAUUUCCCUCUCUUCAUUUUUGUUUACUCUCUUCAAUGUUUCUCCUAGCAGAUUGUUAACAAUGGGAAGGAACGAUGAGGUCUCGUGUAGGUCCUCAAUUUGAAUGGAUACUAAGGCGGGCUUAAAGAAGGAGAAUGCGUCCAUACAAGGUUCACUGUGGUGUUGUUAGUUGAAGCCUUAAAAAUGGCAUUGUGUAGUCCUUUCUUUGUCAGCAAUAAUGGACCUGUAACUUCCCUAAGUUCCACCUUUCUUCCUGGGACAACACUUUCAUCCUUCUCUAUCGAUAGAAAACCUAGAACAUUUAACCUGAAAAAUGUCUCUGUUUCAAUUUGUCGUUCUUCUCUUAAAAUUGUACGUGACCGCACUCUUGAUAGACAUGUUAUCAUGAAGAACAGAAUCCGGUUUGUUCAAAAGCUGAAAACUUUGCUACUUUCUAAACCAAAACAUUAUCUUCCAAUUCACAUUUUGUCCAAAUGUAGGGCUUAUCUUUCCCUUCACAAGCCUCGUUCCUUACUUGCUAUGAUCCAUCGAUAUCCAUCCAUUUUCGAACCAUUUACUAUCCCAUGGCCACCCACACCUCUCAAUGCAACAAAGUUAUAUCCCCAACUCUGUGUUCGUUUAACUCCGGCUGCAGCCACCCUUGCAGCUGAAGAAUUGAGUCUUCAAUCUUCAAUUUCAACAAUUUUGGCAAACAAACUCCAUAAACUUCUUAUGUUAUCUUCUUACCAUCGGUUACUAUUGUCAAAAUUGGUUCACCUGGCUCCUGAUCUUGGUCUCCCUUCUAAUUUCAGAUCCCGGUUGUGCAAUGACCACCCAAACAAAUUCAAGGUCGUGGACACUUCCUAUGGCUGUGCACUUGAGCUUGUAUCAUGGGAUAGCGACUUGGCAAAGCCUUUACCACCUCCGGUGUUCCAAUCUCUUGAUUUAAUUGUUGACCGACCUUUGAAGUUCAAACAAUUGAGACUUCGAAAGGGGCUUAAUUUGAAAAGGACUCACCAGGAUUUCUUGCUCAAGUUUGAAGAAGUGCCGGAAGUGUGCCCCUAUACUAACCCUGCUGAGAGUUUUGCCAAGGAAUCGAUUGAGGCAGAAAAGAGAUGUUGUGCUGUUAUAAGAGAGGUUCUUGGAAUGACGAUUGAAAAGAGGAGUUUAAUAGACCACUUGACCCAUUUCAGAAAGGAGUUUGGCCUCCCAAACAAGUUGAGAAGAAUGAUUGUGAGGCAUCCAGAAUUAUUUUAUACGAGUAUGAAAGGGCAAAGGGACUCAGUUUUCCUGGUGGAGGGGUUUGAUGAGAAGGGUGACUUAUUGGAGAAGGAUGAGAUUUUAUCCUUACAAGAUAAAUGGAUGGACUUGGCAAGGGAGUCCAAAAGAAUGAGAAGAGAUAGAAGGAAAGUUAGGAUGGAUAAAGGUAUUGGCAGCUUGAGUGAUGUUAAUCAAAAUCAUGAUGACAGUGACAUUGAUUAUGAUGACGAUAUUGGGAUGGAUAAUUUUGAAGAUGGUUAUGAUGAUGGUUUUGAGGAUAUAUUUGAAGACUUGGAUUUUGAAGCUGAGGAUUAUGACCACGAAAACAAUUUGUUUGCCAACAAGAUUGGAGAAUUUUGGACUGCAGGACCUUUUCCAAUUCAAAAUGGCUUGGAUGGAGAACAAAAGCAACCUUGGUAGUUUUAAAGUGAAGAAGAAAACAAUUCUCCUAAGUAAAGGCUGGCAUGAAGUUUUGAUCCGGAAAAAGGGAAUGAGUGCCAACCUGCCUGUAACCAUAUUACAAUGGAGAUAAUGGUCUAUGCUAGACUAUUGACUAUAGUAAGAUUUGAGUAAAAGUUAGAAAAUAGAAAGUGUCGGGUCUGUCGACCCUCGACAGUGUCGAGGCAUUUGUACUUGUACACUAGGUAGUUAAUCCCAGCGUUUUCCGGCGAGAUCCUGCUGUCCUGGUGCGGUACAAUGCCUGACCGCGACGGCGUGUCCGCGACAGUGUGAAACAAGAUCUCGACGAGAUUUGGGCAAGAUCCCGCUAUCUCGGCGUAGUUAAUCCCAACAUUUCUCAGCGAGAUCCGGCUAUUAGUUUUUCCUUUGUUUUAUUGUUUCUACUUUCACCUAAAAAGAAGAAGUAGAAUAUACUAAUGAAGAUGAUGCUUAUCUUUGAUUCCUAUGCUAGAACAUGCAUUUGAGUUUUAAUAUUUAGUUAUUUUAUUACUGUGUUAAAGACUUCAAUAUGCAUCAUCUUUAUUUCCUUGACUUUUGUUGGCAUUUCAAUGUAUGUUUUGACUAAGAGUAAGACUUGUAAAUUCUUAUUACUAAUUAUUAAUGUUUCAGAGUUUGAGUUAUUUGUUAAUUUUGCAUUAAAUAUAGAUUUAUAUAAUAUUAUUCAUGUAAUUUGUUAAAAAAAGUAGCAAUUAUCCCGCCUAUCCCGAAAAGCGCUAUCGCGCUAUCCCACUUUUGGGGUUGGCCGCGACGCACAGCUAUCUGGAUUAACUACCUAGCUUGUACAUAUUGAAAGUUCCAUCACUCAUUAUUAUGGUAUUAGAAUGCUAGCCAACAUUUUUUUUCAAUAUAUUUUUAUAACAUAGCAUAUCUAAGAAUAGUGAUUUUGUAAAUAAGUUGUGACUCUGGCUUUAGGGGUUAUCUACAGGAUCCUCUUUUUCUCCUUUCGACGAUGCAAUGCCUCUGAUUCCAACUGUUGUUUUAAGGUCAGUUUACAUUGUCAUAAGAAUGAUCUUUAGCAACAAUAUCUUGAAUUUUUUUAACCUCAUAAGCUAAGACUUUCUUUUUAUUCAAAUUUCAAACCAUGGCAAAUGCUUUUGUUUCUUCUAAUGUUUUAAAAAUUAUGUUUUCUUAUUUCUAACUCCGUUUUUUUUUACGUGGUUUGAUGGAAUAAGAAACAGUCUUGAAGCCACGAUUUUGAAUUCAAGGAUCUAUAUAAAUAUCACGUGUAUAAGUUCAAGUAUGACUUGAAUGAGACAAUUCUUAUGUUGUAAUAGUACUAUUUUAUUGUCACCUGUAUCCCUAAAAUGUUGGUUAUUGCAUAUCCAACCCUCCAUGUUUGUUCGACUUUUUAUCAGAUCCUAACUUUUUAGAAAUAUCAUGGACUAGGAGGAGAUCUAAUGGUCUAAGAUAAGGAUAGUGUCUCCUUUGACCGCACAAGAGAGGUUGCAUAUCCACGAGUUCUUUAUGUUUUGGUAAAGAUCCAAUAUAGAAAGUCUUUGAAUCAAGGGAUGCUAUUGUGAUUCCACAGUACCUUAAUAGAUGUUUGACCCUUAAAUUGUUUUGAUUUAUGGUCUUAAAGCUUACAGGUUGAUAAGAAAUUUUAGGAAUUAUUUGCUAACUGUUUAUGCUACAAAAAGUACAUGUUUUACAGUUUUUAAUUUUUUUUUUUAUCAUGCUAUCAAGGAAUGAUUUCUCAAGUAUACAAGUUUUUAUUUUUAUAUAAGAAAAUUUUAGUGGUUAAGUAGUUGGUGCAAAUGGUGAAAAAUUAUUAUCAAUACUUUUUCGGUGCCCUUUAGCUUACCAACCGAACCACCUACGUGAGACAAAAUUAACAAAUUUUUACUUUCUCGUAAUACAUUUUUCUAUACUUAUGGUGCCUUCCUGAAGUUAGAGCGGAAAGUGGUCAGUGUAAAUAGUAUAUGAUCAUUGUUGUUUACCAUCUUCUCAUUCUCUAGGAUCUUCGUACUGAGUAGUACUGAUUAUGAUUUGUACACCAAAGUUAAAAUUGUUGCAGCUUUUUCCCAACCCAGUCAGACAGAUAACAUCAGGUAAUGCAGGAGAAUACAUAUUCCAUGAUGGGUCUGUUGAUAACAGUAUGGGAGCAGAAGCUUUUGUUCAUCCAUUGGCACAACACGGAGUUUCCUUGCAUUUUGCUUCUAAAGAGUGGGUCUUGAAUCAUUACAAGUGGAUUGUAUGGAAACUGGCAUGCUAGGAGAGAUGCUAUCCAGCUAGAUGUUCUGGAAAAUUUCUGAGUGUAUCAAAUGUUCUUGAGGAGCUGAAGUACAGAUAUGCAACUGCUCUUAGACAACAUAUUUUACGUCUAUAAAAUAAAACUAAUGAUGCAUUUGGUGCAUAGAUAUUAAAGAGAAGUUAAUCAUGGCCACCGGUCUACCAUCAAGAAAAUUCAUGAAGAGGAUGCACUGCCUUCUUCAAUGAUGACUCUGCAUAUCUAGUAUUCACUCUGAUCUCGUUCUUGAAAGUGAGACAACAUUUGAGGCACAAACCAGGGAGGCAAUAAAGGUUGAACUAACUGAUGGAUGGUAUUCAAUAAAUGCCAUUUUAGAUGUUCCAUUGUCCAAGCAACUGGCUGCUGGAAGACUGUUUGUAGGACAGAAGCUUCGGAUCUGGGGAGCAGGAUUAUGUGGCUGGAGUGGGCCAGUUUCACCUCUUGAGGUCCAUCAACGGUUAGUUUAUUGCUUCACAUAAAUGGAACAUAUAGAACUCAUUGGGCAGAGCAGUUAGGAUUUUGUAAAGUUGCUGGUCCACCUUUGGCUUUCAGGUGCAUAAAAAGCAAUGGUGGUAUAGUACCUCUAAUGUUGGCUAGAAUUACCCGCAUAUAUCCUAUUCUUUACAAGGAAAGGUUAAGCAGUGGUCGAUCUGUUGUCAUAUCAGAGAGGAUGGAAAAUAAAAUGAUAGAGCUGCACAUUGACGUAGCUAAAAGUUAACUGGUCUUUGAAGAAUUAAAAAUGUAAAUUUUAUCAAAAUGAUAUUAUUUUCUAUGCAGUUUUUGGUGUAGCUUGUAAAAAAUAAUAGUUGCAGAGUUAUUGAUAUCUAAGAAACUGUUGACACCCAAAAUAGUUGGGUGACGCUAAACGACCACUGAUAAUUUUACCAAACAGCAGUAAAUAAAUAUUUAUAUAAGUUUACAAGUGGAUAUA